AUGCCGAAUACCCCCCCGCCGGCGCUGCUGCCUCCGCCAGAGGGCAUCUUCAGGACGUUUGACGACCUGAUGGCCUCGGUCCAGCGCGUCGCAAAGGACCAGGGCUACGGCAUUGUCAAGCUGCGCGCCUCCAACUAUCGCGACGGCAAGCCCACCCGCUACGACCUCGUCUGCGACCGCGGCGGCGUCAAGUACAACAGCACCGCCAAGAAGCGCAACCCCUCGACGCGCAAGAUUGACUGCCCUUUCCGUGCAAAGGCCGUCUGCGAGGUCCAGCUGGGCAACCAGUGGCGCUUCGCUCUGCAAGAACCAAGACACAACCACGAGCCGCGCGUCCCCUCCGGCACCCCCGGCCAGGAGAAUGCUCCCUUGGCAACCUCCAUCCGCUCCUUCACCAACAAGCUGGACCGCCUGAGCCACGACAUGGCCCAGGGCCUGAUGCGCAUCGAACAGCGGCUCGACAACAUUGAGAAGCGCAUGGAGAACAUCGAGGCCCGCGCCGGCGGCUACGAGCCUCGCUUCCAGGCAAUAGAACAGCGGCUCCAGGGCAUGGAGGGGCCUCGCAUGGACGGAAUGGGCAUGGACGAUGUCGAAUCGCGCCUGUUGGCUUCCUCGGUCAUGUAG